GGUUCCGAGUUGCCGGCUAUGGUCGUUAAAAAAUGUACUCUGAGAUGAUAGCUUGGCAGCUUGCAUACACUAGAGGUUGCGUUGCUUGCCUUUCGAGCAUGACGUAGCGUAUUGUAACUUUUGAAGAUUUUCUUGGUUGGAAUAAAAAAUGUUACGGGUUCGAAUCCACAGAAACCUUUUAUAUAUUAAGUUGAUUUUAUGAUAAACUAAAUGUUGGGAAUUGAUAUAAGAAGGCAAGUUGGUGUAUGCCAAAUUGUAAGAUCCAUUCAUCUGACCCCCACAAGAAAAGGACUUAAGCAAUAAUGGUUCAAUACAAUAGUUUUAGUUGGGCUGGGUUGAAAAGGGCUCAACCAAUCUCUAAACACACAAACAAAGCCCAAAUGUAGGUAUAAAUCCAUGUAGCAUUCAUACUGGUGCAACAAGCAAAAACGAAAAUGGACUUCAUCAUAAAUAAAAGCAUCCCACACUAAUACGUGUUUCCUAAAAUUCAUUUAAAUCCAAAAUCGUGUUGUCUAAUCCGAUUGGAAAUUAAUUAGUCAAUCAAUAGUUGGAGGCAAAUUGCCAAAUCGGCCCCAGACAGGUCCAUGAGAGAUGAUGAGAGACUUGUGCCCUGAUCAAGCGCGCCCAAUCGUCGUUGCUCUAAAGUCUCCGUGAAUAACGCUAGAGUAUGUAGAGCAGUUUGACAGCUGUCAUCUCAAAGUUCACUUUUUAACGACCAUAGUUGCCGGCCGAUCAAAAGGCCAAUUAUGACGGGUUUGUUGUGAUUGGAGCAGGGUUGCCGAGAACUGGAACCCUGUCAAUGAAGAGUGCCCUUGGAACCCUCCUCAAUGGUGCGUGUUACCAUAUGAUGUCCAUGAUUGAGGGAUCACCAGUCGAGCCAGCCUUUUGGGCAAAGGCUCUGAAAGGCGGCGUAACUCCCCAAGAAUGGCGAGACUUUUUAGGUGGUCGUGGUUAUCGCGCAGGAGUGGAUUAUCCAAUAUCACGAUUUUACAGGGAGCUGAUAGAGGCGUACCCCAAUGCCAAAGUCAUUUUGACCACCAGGGACCCUGAAACGUGGUACAAAUCUGUUAAAGGCACAAUUUACAAGGCGUCAUCUAUCGUUAAGAAACUUCCAGUAUAUCUCUUUUUGAAAUUGAUGGGAAGGACCUUGACAACAAAAGUUAUGGAUGAUCUUGAAUAUUUGCCGGCAAAAGGAAUGGAUAAAGGUAUUUUCACUGUGAUUGAGGAAGGGCCCGAAUCUGCCCAGAAGUAUUUCGAGGAAUGGGUGGAAUCUGUGAAAGAAUGCGUUCCCAAGGAUCGUCUCCUCGUAUUCGAAGUCAAAGAAGGAUGGAAGCCACUGUGUCAAUUCUUGGAUCUUCCCAUUCCAAACGUCCCAUUUCCUAGAUUAAAUGACACUGCAUCCAUGGCUCAGACUCAUAGCAACUUGGAAUAUUUAGCCAACGCUAUCGUUUUUGGGAUCCCAGCCUUUGUUGGAUUCAUAUUUUGUAUGAUUUACACGUACUAUGGAUAAUAUAGUAAUUGCGGCCUUGUU